AGAGCUCACGUAAAAAAAUUAAUUUCUCCACAAAACAUGAAAAUUCGUUUUAUUGUACCAUUAUCCUUCUUGGUCCUUCUCCAAGGAGUUAGCAGUUCUAAUGUUUUCUCAAGGACCUUCAAUGAAUUACACGACGAUCCUGGACCACAAACUGCAAGCCUGGUAUGGGUACCCACAAAAUGGAUAGAUCAGAGACUGGAUCAUUUCGAUGAUGAUGAAACAAGGACAUGGCAAAUGCGCUACUUGGCCAACGAUGAAUUCUAUGAGAAGGGUGGUCCCAUGUUCAUUUAUGUUGGCGGUGAAUGGGCCAUUUCACCAGGAGCCAUUACCAGCGGCCACCACUACGACAUGGCCAAGGAACAUAAAGGGUAUUUGUUUUAUACCGAGCAUCGUUAUUAUGGACAAAGUAAACCUGUGAGUGACUUGUCUCCCGAAAACAUGAAGUACUUGCAUGUUCGCCAAGCCUUGGCCGAUUUGGCCCAUUUCAUACGCAUCAUGAAGGCCACCAUACCUGGCAUGUCGGAAUCGAAGGUAUUUUUGAGUGGUGGUUCAUACUCUGCCACCAUGGUAACAUGGUUUAAGAAAUUGUAUCCUGAGUUGGCUAAUGGUGCUUGGGCCUCCAGUGCCCCACUGCUGGCUAAGAGAGAUUUUGUGGAAUACAAAGAAGUUACGGGCGAAUCGAUACGUCUCAUGGGCGGUGAAAACUGUUAUGAACGCAUCCAAAAAGGCAUCAUGGAACUAGAAUCGAUGCUAUCGAAUAAUCGUUCCACCGACAUGAAGGGACUUUUCAAUAUCUGCGAUAAUUUUGAUGAAACCAAUGAAAUGGAUGUGUGGACAUUGUUUUCACAAAUAUCGGACAUUUUUGCCGGCAUCGUACAGAAUCAUAACAAUAACACCAUUCAGAAAACUUGCAAUAAAAUAAUGGAGGCCGAUGAUGACUUGGGUGGACUUAUGAACUUCCUCAAACCCUAUUUCAAGAGUAAAAAUUGUACAGAGAUUACCUACAAGGAUAUGGUGGAGAGCUACAAUUAUACCUCUUUCGACAAGGGAAUGUAUCGCCAAUGGUUUUAUCAAACCUGCAACGAAUAUGGUUGGUAUCAAACAUCCGGCUCCAAGAAUCAACCAUUCGGUACCCUCUUCCCAGUGAAGCUAUACUCACAAUUGUGCUACGAUGAAUUUGGUGAAAAGUUCACCGAAGAAUAUAUAGAAAAUCAAAUAAAGGGUACCAAUGAAUUCUUUGGAGCCCUAAACCCCGAAGUGGAAAAUGUCUAUAUGACCCAUGGCCAACUGGAUCCAUGGAGGGCUAUGGGUGUACAGGAGGAAGGACAAGCAACAAUUAUACCAUUGAGAGCCCAUUGCAAGGACUUUGGUUCGAUCAGUGACAAGGAUACACCGGAAUUGAAGGCUUCGAAAGACAGAUUGGCUGAAUUGGUGAGGGAAUGGUUAAAGUAA